AUGGACUAUGAAGAGGAUGAUGAUAUUUCCUUUGCAAAAUGGAUGAGCAGCUUCUGGGGCCACAACUUGAUCGAUGAGAAUGAGAAAGAGGGUAGAGGCCACAAGAAACGUCAGAAACGACCCUUCAGUGAAAGGAGAGCCUCCCUUCCGGCCAGGCUUUCCUCCCUCCAUACAACACGACUUCAUGCUUCUACCAAAGGCUCAUCUUCAGGCCAUCUCAAGGGCUCCAAGGAAUUUCAAGAAGACCAAGAUGUCAAAUGCCACUGCCACAGAAAGGCAAGCAGAACACCUUCAGCAGACAGCUCAUCCCCAGAGACAAGAUCAAACUCCAUGCAGGAAUUUGCAGAGUCCUUUGAAAAGCAAUUGCACCUCAAAAGCAAACGCUCGGUUUCUUUGCAACCUGAAGGCACGAAGGAGAGAACAGAAAGAGAGAGAUUGCAUUUGAGAAAAAGCAAGUCUCACAAGAGAAUGGGAGAGAAAUCAGAGCCAAGGAGAGUGCAGAAAGAAGAGGAAGGUUCAGAAGUUGUAUCUGCAAAACUCAACGAACGGUUUCCAUCACAAACAAGCACUGAGAAAAGUUAUUUAUGUACAGGCUAG